AUGAAGGCCGUUUCUCGUGUUCUCCGGCCAUUGACUGUUGGUAUUCGUCGAGAGGAUCCCGGUAGGAUAUGGGAGAGACGCGCGCCUCUCACGCCGGAGGCCGUUCAGGACUUGGUAACGAAGCAGGGCGUUCAGGUGCAGGUCGAGUCUUGCGACAGGCGGAUAUUCACCGAUGAUGAAUACCUAGAGGCCGGUGCUAGCAUCCGGAAGGACCUCUCCGCUGCGCACAUUCUUCUCGGUAUCAAAGAACCCCUCCUGAAUUCGCUGCAGCUCUCGCCAGUUCCUUCCCCAAUUUCCCCAGCCAAUGUCACUCGUACUUACAUGAUGUUCUCGCACACUGCAAAGGGCCAGUCAUACAACCUUCCACUCCUGUCAUCAUUCCUCGGGCACAAAGAAUUAUCCCGUCUCAUCGACUUUGAACUACUCACUGAUACCGUGACCGGUAAACGGACCGUCGGAUUUGGGUGGUAUGCCGGAGUGGCUGGCGUGUUCGAAGCGCUGUCCUCUAUGGCCCACUCCCAUCUUGAAUUUGGGGUUGCUUCUCCGUUCCUGUUUACUCCAAGACCGCAUACCCAGCCGUCUUUGGAUCAUCUGCGAGCAGCUCUACGCGCCAUUGGAGCGCGAAUUGCUACAGAGGGCACCCCGAAAGCAUUGGGUCCGUUUGUCGUUGGUCUCACUGGGACAGGAAAUGUCGCCGAAGGCUGCCUGUCGGCUCUUUCGGAACUGCCUAUUGUUAAAGUCGCAGCGAGAGACCUUCCGGCCCUCGUCAAAGAUCCAGAGAUAGACUUACGAAAGAUAUAUCUCGUCCAUGCUUUACCGUCUGACUACUUUACGCGUCUUGACGGCGGUAAAUAUACUCGGGAUCACUAUUACGCUCAUCCCAACCUGUAUUCAUCAAAUUUUGCCCAAACCAUUGCCCCUUACCUCACUCUUUUCCUGAAUGGCGCAGGCUGGGCUCCCGGCUAUCCACGAAUCAUGACAGAUGAACAGCUGUCGACCUCACUUACACUCGCGCAAGAGGUUGGCGGCGCACGAUUCACGAACAUCGGCGACAUCAGUUGUGAUCCCGAGGGAGGUCUUCAAUUUCUUACGCAUGCAACUACGCUAUCAGCACCCUCCUUCAAAGCCCGGCCCGCUUCUCUUCCUCAGCACUUACCUUCUGUAACAAUGAUGGCGGUAGAUAUCUUACCAUCUUCCAUUCCUUUGGAUGCUUCACGGGGCUUUUCUCGAGCAUUAGUCCCAUACCUGGAAGCCCUGAUCGCGUCGUAUAAAGGCGACACCAGCGGUGAUCGUAUUGAAGCUUUAAAUCGAGCGACUAUCGCCAACAAAGGAGAGUUAGCUCCGCAACAUCAGUGGCUGCAAGAACGCGUAGAUGCAUGGCGCGCAUCGACAACGAGGUCUACAACAUCUUCUCAUGGUCAUUUGAAGGCCAAACAUGUUCUGAUGUUUGGUAGUGGCAUGGUAGCCGGCCCCACCGUGGACAAGCUUGCAGAAAGAUCUGAUGUUCGACUCGUAAUUGUUAGCAACUCACGCUUGGAGAUGAAGAAGCUACGUGGCAAUCACUACAAUGUACAGUACCGUGAAAUCGAUAUGGGCAAACACGCCGAUGUCUCGCGGCUUGUGGAGGAAUCAGAUGUCGUUAUCAGUCUUUUGCCGGCGCACUUUCACCCUAUAGUCGCUGAGCACUGUAUCCAACACAAGAAGCACAUGAUAACAGCGUCAUACAUCUCUGAUUCAAUGAAGGCUUUACACUUCCGUGCACUGGAUUCCAACGUUCUUCUUCUCAAUGAGAUUGGCCUUGACCCCGGAAUUGAUCACUGUUCAGCGAUCUCCCUCAUUUCUAGGCUUCAAGCUCAGAACAAGAAAGUCGUCUCUUUCAUUUCGUUUUGCGGGGGCCUUCCUGCGCCAGAUGUAGACGACAUGGGUCCGCUGAAAUACAAGUUUAGUUGGAGCCCGAGAGGGGUUUUGACUGCGGCGCUUAAUUCUGCGAAAUUUAAGCUCUUCGGCGAAGAAAAGAAUAUAACUGGAACCAAUCUGUUGCGCUCCCACUUUCCUCAGGUACCUGUGAUGCCCUCGGUGCAUCUCGAAGGCUAUGCGAACAGGGAUAGUCUUCCGUACGCUGCCAGCUAUCAUCUGGGACCUGUUCCGAAACUUCGUACUCUAGUUCGGGGGACGUUAAGAUAUCCCGGCUACUCAGAGCGACUCCAGUUCUUCAAAGAUAUCGGACUGCUUGAGCUGAACGGAACCAUCGCCCUAAAGGAUUGGAUAGACUUUGUCCCUCUUUCGCAGAAACUGAAGCAGGAGCUUCAUCCGGAAGACAAGCAUAUCAAUUUGCAAUAUCUCGAGGAUGAUGCCGGGCACCUAGAAGCUCUGCGAUGGCUCCUUGCGGGUCGCACGCCCCCUCUGCCCACUAAACCAAUGGCACCGCUGGACGUAUUCACGGUUCUCUUGGCGUACAAGCUCCAGUACGCGCCCCAUGAGCACGAUAUGGUUGUCCUGUCCCACGAGUUUAUCACCAAGUCAGUCUCAGAACCAUUGGCCCCGGAAGAGGUGCACACGUCGUCAUUAGUCGCAUACGGUGAUGACAAAUAUUCUGCUAUGGCAAGGACAGUCGGGCUGCCUGUAGCACUAGCAGCGCUGGAGGUACUUGAUGGCAAGGUGUCUGUGAGAGGCGUAGCGGGCCCUGGAGAUGCAAGUAUCCGCGAGCCCGUGCUUGCUGGAAUGGAAAGUGUUGGAUUGGGGAUGGAGGAGAUUUCUGGUGCUUCGGAGACGGUGGAGAAGGCUUUACAGAUUGGCGUUUCGGACGCAUGA